AUGUGCAUAGCGGAUAUGCGGCAGCACAUGGAAGGCGUGAUGGUGAGCAUGCACCACAUGGCGACCGGGCUGGGCAAGGAGGUGUGGGUGUCGGAGGUGGGGCCGAUAUGGGUGACCGGGAAUGGUGUCGGCGUGAUGCUGUUGACGGCUCGGCAGAUAGUGCAGGCUGUCAACAUCAUGGGGGCCUCGACCUGGAUUUUCUGGAUCUACCGGCUGAACGACACAGAAGUUAAGCCGUUGGAUCUGGUGAUCUCCAAGAAGCUCUACAUGAUGCAGCAGUUUGUGUGCGGGGCGCCGAGAGGGAGCCUGCCUCUGCGAAUCGACACGUCGGACGGGUGCCAACACUGCAUUGCGGCGUUCUUCCAUCCCGAUCAGCACUUUGUGUCGAUCUUCAUCGUCAACCAGCGCGACACCACGCACACGUCGACAUUUCAAAUCGAGGACUUUGUACCGUUUGAUGUGGGUCAGGAUUGUGUCUUGGAGACCUAUCGCACGUCAGCCACGGAGAACAACACGCUGGUGGCCACCCAGAGGUACACGGACGUGCCGGCGUCGAUACAAGUGGCUGCGCUGGGCAGCUCCAUGACUUCUGUGGUGCUGCGCAAUGUGGACCCCGCUUAUUGUGUAGUGCAGGGAUGGUGGAACCCACUCCACUCCCUACCCCACAUAGCGGCUAGAAAAGGUAGAAUCGCUAGUGUAAUGCAGGUGGCUGCGCGGCGCUCGGCAGCUCUAUGGCAUCUGUGGUGCUGCGCACUGUGGACCCCCCCGCUUAGAAGUGGUGGUGAGACCCCGUUGCCCUGA